AAAGAAGUUUGGCAUUCUAUCGGAUGACAGAUCUAAUCGUGUUGAUGAAGUAGAAACUGGCUUGGAUCUCUGUCGCACUGGUCCGGUAGUCGAAACAGUUUCAUUUCCGACUGACUUGCUCUCGUUGGCUGCGGCUGCUUCUGUUGUCAGC